AAGAGAUGACAUCAGGUCCUGAAACUGUAUAAAGGAAAUGUUCAACAUUCAGAGAAACACAACAAACCCUCGAUCAUCUGCAAGACAGUCUGCAGAAGUUCUGAAUAUCUGAAGGUCUGAUCACUGUAACCAUGCUGAAGGAAGUAUUUGUGCUUGGAUGCCUCCUGAGCCUCGCUCUGGCUCAGCCUAUGGAGGAAGCACACAAACGAGUUGCUCGCUCAAGCUCUGGCUCGAGCUCAAGCUCCGACUCUGACGAGGCUACAACUACAACUGCAACUACAACAGCAGCUACAACAGUGAAUCCCCAGCUGCUCCAGCUCCUUCUUCAGCUUCUACUUGCAACCGCCACCACUGCUGCACCAACAACCACCACUGCUGCACCUACAACCACUACUGUAGCUACAACUACUACUACAGCUCCUCCGUAGUCACACAGUUAAUCUGAAAAUAGCAUUGUCAUGAUGCUGUUUUAACGAAAGAGUCAACAGCAGCUGGUUCAACAACAGCUGAUCAGCUCAUUCUUUCAAUUCUUAUGGUAAUUAACUCCUACUGCAGUGCUGACUAUUACACUGAAUCAGCUACUUCUACCACAGGAUAAAGUCUUAAAAUUAUCCAGCGAUCAAUAACUCAUUUACAACCAGUUUUGGAUAACACUGUUUUUAUUUAACAACUGCUUUGUUUUCCCGCUAGUUCAUCAUGUCAGCUGUUUACUUUCUCUGU